AUGAAAAAUGCGGAAAAUAAGAAGAAAAACUUCUUCCUUGACUUGAAGAAUUCAAAAGUGACAAUUAAAAAAAGUUCCAUCUUGACACAAACUAAAACUAUUCAGUUUAAGUGCAAGCGCAGCAGACGACAACAUAAAAGAAAAAAAAAGGAAAAUGCUGAUGAAAAUCAAAAGCAUUGA